CUUUUGAAAUAUUGAAACAAAGAAAUACAAAAGUGGAAGCUAAUAAGAACAGAAAUUAUCCGGCAAAUUCAUGAGACUCCCUGACUAUAGCAAUAUCUGGGCUAUUCAUCAAGAUAAGACUAGUAAAUGCAUAAGUAAAGAUAUAUCAAAGGUGUUGCAGUGUCAUAGGAAAUGCUUGGAUUUCAUGGCGAAUCUAUGCAAUUUUCAAAAAGGGAAUUUGAGUUUUUUUCCAAGGCAAUAAACCUAAAAAUGCUGCCUUCUCUGCGCCGGCAAGGACGAAAAGUUGCCAAUUGAUAAUAUGUCUUAUCUUAUCAUAGGAUCCAAUAAAUAACCGAGUUCAUGAAGAAUUUCAUUGCACUUAACAUCCCCGACAAUGAAAGGAGUUUUUUUUAUCCUAGUCUCGGCUUUGACUGGCUCUAUUGCAGCAAAUGUCGGCCAUAUCACGAGCCUCGAUCAACUGGAAUUAACGUACAUGCCCUCCGAGGACUACCCUCUCUUUGGAAAGGCAGGUUCCAUCACAAAGCUCCAUUUCAAGCUCAAGAACAAUGGAGAAGAUUCUCGAUUUGACAUCAAGAUCAGGCCUGACAUGGCUGGAGAAAGAGUUCAAGAAGUAUUCGUCAAAAAUGAGGAAGUGGCCAAUGUUGAUUUCUCGAAUAUUCUGAUCCCAGAACAGCCCGCCGGAACGAUUGUUAAAAUUGAGGUCGAAGUGAGUCGUACCGACGAAUCCGUUACUGAUGCGAUGGACUCUGCCAAGAAGUAUCUGAUUUUCACAAUUGGAGAGGCAGCCUACGAAAAAGAGCCACCCCAAAUUGAGUACUAUGGACCUUAUAGUUACCAUGGGCUUACCUCAGAGUGCAACGCCAAGCCCACUGAGUGCCGAAAUUCAACAUGGGGCGCCAAGUUCGUAGUUCGGGAUCGUGGGGUUGGAUUACAAUCACUGGACGUCCAAACUAUGGGGAGAGAUUCGGUUAAAUACCCUUUAUUCUAUAAGUAUGAUAACUUCGCGAUCGGCUCCACGGCCAAUGUGAUCGUGAUCAUAAAGGCCAGUUGUUGCGUCAAGGGAGUUUCCGUGACAGUCACAGAUCUGAAAGGCAAUCAGUAUUCUCGGGACUUCACUCAUCAGGGCAAUGGAUCAACUUCAUCAACUUCGGUGGCAACAACUUGUGCUGUAGCUCUUCUACUAAUCAUCAUGAGUAAUUUCAGCAGCCUUUAAAAGAUUGAAAUAGAGCUCUUAUAUUGGC